UCCCAAAACCACCCCUCAGAGCCUUCUCCAAUUGCUGCCCCCGUGACUUUGCCGUCCCUCCUGCACCGCCCACCCCCCGGCACAUCCCUGUGCCAUCACCCUUUGCGGGAGGCGCCGGGAUCCCUCCGAACUGAGGGAAACUGAGGCACAGCCGUGGGCGUCCCCGCGGUACGGCGCUUCCUGCUCCUCCUCCGGGCAGCGGGUUCAGGCGACCCGAUCCCAUGGGAUGGACGCAGCGCGAAGCCCUCGGCGUCCCCUCCCCGCAGGUGACGCUUCCCACCAUGUCCCUCUGGAGCAUCGUCUCCCAGAUGGCGCCGGAGGAGUUCGGCGGAAUCUUCGCGGAGUUCCCCCGCAGUCUGCGCUGCGUCCUGGGCGAGUGGCUGGAGAACCAGCCCUGGGAGUUCAUCCAUGGCCCCGACACCUUUUGCACCAGUGUGGCACAGGGGCUGCUCUCAGUGAUGCUGGAGAGGCUGCGCAGUGCCGGCGGUGACGGACAGCAGUGCCACAUUCUGCAGCAAAUCAGCAGCAUUGAGGGCGCAUACCGGCACGACCCGAUGCGUUUGGUGGCCGUCCUGAGAGCCAUCCUGGAAGGCGAGAAGGCCGCCGUGCUGCGGAGGGACCGCCACCUGCCCCUCAGCUUCCACCGGCGCCAGGAGGAGCUCAAAUUCAGCCUGGGGCUGCGGCGGCUGCAGCAUCGCGUGCGGGAGGUGCAGGCAGUGCGGGAGCACGGGGCAGCACUGGGGGACGGCCCUGAGAGGGUGCCCUUCGUGGUGGCUGAGCGUGUCCCCUGGGAGAAGAUGUGCGAGACGCUGAACCUGAAGUUCACGGCGGAGGUGCAGACCACCAAAGGGCUCCUGAAGGAGCAUUACUUCUUCCUGGCUCAGAAAAUCUUCAAUGACCACAGUGCCACUCCGGAGGACUUCCAGAGCCGCAGCGUCUCCUGGGCACAGUUCAAUAAGGAGAUCCUGCCUGGACGGGGCUUCACCUUCUGGCAGUGGUUCGAUGGAGUCCUGGACCUCACCAAGCGGUGCCUCAAGAGCUACUGGUCAGACCGGCUGAUCAUUGGCUUCAUCAGCAAGCAAUACGUGUGCAAGCUGCUGAGCACGGAGCCCGACGGAACGUUCCUGCUGCGCUUCAGCGAUUCCGAGAUCGGGGGGGUCACCAUCGCUCACGUCAUCCGUGGGAAGGACGGUUCCAGCCAGGUGGAGAACAUUCAGCCUUUCUCUGCUAAGGACCUUUCCAUCCGCUCCCUGGGGGACCGCAUCCGUGACCUGAGGCAGCUGCGCAACCUCUACCCCAACACCCCCAAGGAUCAGGCGUUUGGAUGCCACUACAACAAGGAGCAGACAGGGAAGGACGGACGGGGCUACGUCUCCACCGCCAUCAAAAUGACAGUGGAAAGCGAGAGGGAACAACCGCCCCAGAGCGCUGCAGGGGGGGGUCCCGAGGCAGCCCAGCCGCCCCUGUUCGCCCUCCCCAUGCUACAGCCCGAGCUGCAGCCUGAGAACCUGCUGAGCCCCAUCUGGCCCCCCGCCCCGUUCUGUCCCCAGCCCAUGGGCAGUUACCCCCCAGGUGAGAGCAGCAUCAGCACAAUGGUCACCGAUGGCCUCCGCUCCUCCUUCCCCAGCCCAGGGCCAAUGCUCUCCUCACCCCCUCUGGUGAUGGACCCUGCCAUGCCCCGCUGCCAGGACCCUUUCCGGAACCCCAUGAGCUUUCUACCCAACCAGUUUCUGCCUGGGGAGGGUCCCCCCCAGGUGGAGGGUCCCCACCAGCUGAUACCCGGGGGUCCCUCCCCUGAACCCCGAGAUGAGGAGAUGCCAGAGCUCGGCCCCUUCGAAGCCAUCAACACAGCACUGCAGAGCUCCCCGAGGUGGUAAGUGCU